GGUGCGAGCGGCGGCGAGCGGGGCCGGUGGCGGCGAGGACUGGGCUCAUGCAUUGCACCAGAGUAUUAGACUACUUUCCUCACAAACAAGCGAUGGCUGUGGAUGUAGCAAUGCAGCUGUACCUGUGCCCUUCACCCCUGCGAAGAGAGAAGCGUUCCUGCAAAAUUGCUCCAAAGCCAAUCAAGCCUCUGCGACCCUGCAUCCAGCUGAACAGCAAGGCCGUGCUGGGUGGGCCAGAAGAGGCACCGAACUCCUUUACAGAAAACAAGGUGAAGAAGAAGGUGUCAUUUGCAGAUAGCAGGGGCUUUGCUCUGACAAUGGUAAAGGUGUUCUCGGAGUUUGAUGAUCCCCUAGACAUUCCUUUCAAUAUCACUGAGUUGAUAGACAACAUCGUGGGGCUAACAACAGUGGAGAGCGACAGCUUCGUCUUGGAUUUUGUUCAGCCCUCUGUCGACUACUUGGACUUCAGAAACCGUCUUCAGGCAGACUGUGUGUGCCUUGAAAAUUGUACACUCAAGGAGCGGUCUGUUGUGGGCACAGUGAAGGUGAAGAAUCUUGCUUUUGAAAAGACUGUGAGGAUCAGGAUGACGUUUGACACCUGGAAAAGCUUUGCAGACUACCCGUGCCAGUAUGUCAAGGAUGUGUACGAAGGGUCAGACAGGGACACGUUUUCCUUUGACAUCAGCUUGCCGGAGGGAAUUCAAUCCCAUGAAAGAGUUGAGUUUGCCAUCUCCUUUGAGUGCAACGGGAAAGUGUACUGGGACAGCAACAAGGGCACAAAUUACAGGAUCAUUCGGUCUGAACUGAAGUCUGCUCAGGAAGCAUUUCGCCCUUCAGGUGGCCCUGACUUUGGAAGUGCCUUUGACCAGUUUGGGAGUCCCCGGUGCUCCUAUGGCCUGUUUCCUGAGUGGCCAAGCUACUCGGGCUAUGAGAAGCUAGGGCCUUACUAUUAAUCUGGGGACAAAGUCCUGAUUGACUAACUGUUGCUGGCCUGUCUGCAGGCCUGGGAGCUGGUCUGAACGUGAGGUGCGUCAAAAGACAAGAAGCGAUGCUUCACGUAGUCCUGCAGGAGCCUCCCAGCAAAAUGAGAUGAGCCUAGUGCUCUGCUGGAGGCUGACUUACGGUCAGGGAAGCAUCUCUGUCAUAGUAGGCUACCUUCCCCAUCUUAAGUCAGACCACUGGCUCUCCAGAAGAUUAAAGGAACAGGAGAUGCUGGUCCAUUCACUGCUGCUAGUCCUUCCUCUUGUAUAAAGCUGCUAGUCUCCAGAGAAACACUUGCCACAGUGCUUGUAUUGUCUGUCUAAGCUAUGUAGUGGUGGUUGGUUUGUGUGUGGAUUGCUAGUGUUAGUGUGUUUGUUUUUUUUUUUUUUUUCCCCAAGUAUUUUCUAGUAUUUCUUUAGUGUGCUGUACUUCAGCUUUGUGCUGCUCCUGCAGAGCUGAGGUGUAUGUGUCAGGAAAUAAUAACUUAUAAACUGGUUGGCUUGUGGGGGAUUGAGUCCUCUUCUUGCAUCCUUACUUGUAGUGUGGGGCCCUCUCUUGUGGGUGGAAGAGGGGGUUUUGGAAAUGAAAAUGCAACUGUGAUGAUGGGAAGUGUGACCUUGUGGCCUGCCAUAUUAGGAGACAUACGUGCCCCUGGAGGAGAAUGUGUGUAUGUAUAGUCACCAAUUGUUUUAUCAGCUGAUCUUGAAAAGCUUUCAUCAUAACCUUGGUGGUAUUACCUAAAAAUAGAGCUGAGCUAUAGCUGUGUGGUGCUCAUAGCAGCUGUGGGUUGACAGCAUUGAUUAUUUUCUUCAGGACCCUCUGUUUUUUAAAUCAUAAGUGACAGAUGAUGCUUUUCCCCUUGAUGCAUAUACAAAGUCAGCUGUUGGCCUUGCUAGGUCCUGCAAAUGCUGUUCUCUCCUGCAGGCUGGAAGGCAGGGUCGUGCUCUGCCUGCAGAGGUUGGGCCUGUGUGGAGAGCGAUGCCCAGGCGUCGUGGCAGUUUAAUAUGAACAAAGCCCACGGCUGCUCUCUGCUGUGUCCUGCUAAGAGAAGGCCAUGGAGCCUGCUGUAGUGGAAGUCCCUUGGCUGAGAAAGUGGUUGUAUAUGCAAUUCCAGUAAUGGUUUGCCUGUUGAUUUCCAAGCCUCUUGGAUACUAGCUGAGCAGAGUAACUUAUUCCCCAUGCUCAAAGUGAGAGUAGUGAAUAACUUGUAGAAACAGGUCAAGAGAAUAUAUUUUUCUUCUAGUACAUAAGUUCUCUCUCUAUAUAUAUAUUUUGGAAGGGGGCUGCUUAUAAUAGCCUCUGUUUAAGGGGCUGGAGAAAAGCAAAGUACUAGGCUACUUAACUUUUUUAAACUUGGCUUUUAAUUCUGGAGACUACUGUAUAAAAUAGUUCUAAACUGUUUUGCCUUAACUUAGAAGAUGUACUGAGCUCGUUAGAUACUGAAAGGAUAAGAAGAGCCUGAAGGAAUAUUAGCUAACCUUCAACUGCUGCUUUUCUUUUUCCUCCCUCUCUCCUAAAACCCAACAUCAGUGUAUCUUAUCCCUGUGCUUGAUCACAAGUUCUAGGCAGCAAACUUACUUGCUAGCCCAGCGCUCAUCAGGCUUGAUAUCUCUGUUCAGCUUCCUGCAUCGGUCCUGUUGACCUACAUCCUCUAAUAUGGUCUCUCUUGAGGGACCACUGCCUAGCUUGGCUUGAAGCUGUUUUUUAGACUUAAAGCAAAUACGAGUGAUACUGAUCUAGGAUUUAGUGUGUUAUGUUAAUGCUCUAAAACACUAACAGUAGAAAGAGCUGUGUUCUCCUAGCAUGUGCUCACGCCUGGGGAAGGCUGGUGGUGGCCUGAAGGAAGGCAUGUAUGUCCAAGGUGCUGUGGAUGGUGGUAUCUCCUCUUAGGGCCUGUGUGUUUUCAGGCCAUGGAAGUGGUGUGCUGAGGGAAGAGUAUGGAAGAUAAGCUAGAAGAGCAAUACCAUAUGUAAAAGAUGGGCUUGGAACUGACUGUAUGACCAAUAGUGGUUUAAAAUUACUACUUGUGGCCUUUCCCCUUCUCCCCUUCUCCAUUGCUAAUGUGAAUGUAGAAGCGAGGGGUUGCUCUCCUCACUCUAUGCCUGGAAGUGCCUUGUGGGAUUUUCUGCAUGGUUGUUUUAAAAAGAUAUUUUUGUACACAACACCAGUGAAAAAUGCACUUUAUAAUUGCAAUGUAAUGACUCUCUUUUUAAAAACUGUGGUUCUGUUUUUAUCUGAUUGUUAAAAUAAAGAUGGAACAAAACA